AUGCGAUCGCAAACAGAUAAACCAUUUCAAAUGCAAAUUUAUGUGCCAGCAAUCAAAAUGAAAACCGAACGAGUGACAUUCACAAAAAAAGAUGAAAUCCGUAUCGCUUCGAUCAAAGGCGAAGAUUGUGAUCAGAAGCACUGGAUCAUUAAAACAUGGAAGAAAGUAGAUAAUGAAUGGAUUCCAGCAAAAGAAACAAAGGCAAAAUUUGAAGGAUAUGGUUCUUUUGGGCUAUCCGUCAAAGAUGACCUGUUGCCGAAAAUAAUGAAUCGUUUCGCUAUUACAUGUUCAGAAGGCAACUGCUAA